UGGAUAUCAGAUUUUCGACAUCGUGCUUUUUUCCGCAAGUCUAGGGCAGAGAGAUGGCAGUGUACUCGCACCCUGGGGGCAGCCGCCUGGCCUUCAUGCUUGCUUCAUCACCACUCGCUCCUUGAUCCAUUGGCUCGAAGUUGGAGCUUAAAAGAGCAAAAAUGGGUGACGCCGGGCCAGGCACCAGAACUUUCGACAUCCCAACCGGGAACCAAGAAAACCCAAGGUUGCAGAUCCGCAUCACGGAACCAGCCCUGCGGGCCAAGGGUCUGCCCUUGACGACAUGGGCGUCCGCCGAGAUCCUCGCGGGCCUGAUGCAGACCAUUGACAGCUCCCGAAUCGUCUUCCCGCGGGUCCUCAACCAGUCCGAGGUCAUCCCGAUCCUCGAGCUCGGCGCCGGUACAGGCAUGGCCGGCGUGUCGGCCGCCGUCCGCUGGAACCAGCAUGCCGUGCUGACAGACCUUAGCCCUAUCGUGCCCGGCAUCGCCGCCAACGUGGCGCUCAACAAGGAAAUCCUGAAGGACAACCGCGUCCUGUGCGGCACCCUGGACUGGGAAAACCCAUCGGACUUCCACCUCGCCGAGGACGAAGGGGCCUCGCCCCUCGCCACGGCCACAAAGGCCCAUCUCAUCCUCACGGCAGACACGUGCUACUCCGAGGAGCACCCGCUGCUCAUCUCGACGACCGUGGCUCACUGGCUGAGCCGCGACGAUCCCAACGCCAGGGCCGUCAUCUGCUAUGCGCUGAGAGUCGCGUAUCUGGACGAGAUCCGCGAGCUGUGGUCUCGCCUUGAGGACCUGGGUCUUGAGAGCGUCGCGGACGGGCAGCAGCGCGCUGACUCGCAGAUCUUUGACGACGAGUGCUUGUGCGAGUGGAGCAUCUGGCGGUGGAAGCAGGACACCACUGGUAAUGGCAGUGCUCCUGCGUCAUGAGCCCGGAGGCCACACCGCAUUUCUGUUUGGCGGAAACGUGGAACCGUUCCGGCCUGGUAUGCCCGUGAAUGAGCCUGGCAAGUGGGCAUAACUUUGCUCCCAUUGGCCCUUAUGCUGCAGCGGAAUAUAAGCUCCAACCGAGGGCCAGAGCUAUUGUGGUUGGUGUCGAGUCUGGGCACCCAUUCUUCCAGCUCGUCGGCUAUUUCCUCGACCCCUUGCCGCAACCGUGACAGCUUAUUCAAGCUGGCAUGCCACAUCCUGCUUCGAUCCGAAGCUUGAUCGCACAGGCUGGGCAUGCAGCGCUUAAGAAAAGAAUAAAACCUCUCGCCUUGUUCAACAUCACCAU